UUACGUUUCAAAGCUUCAAAAAGAAUUAAAAGUGAUGGCAAAAAACUCACCAACCUCCUCCUCCUCUCCACACAAACACUUCAAAGUUCUUUCAAUUUCUCAUCCCAUUUUUCCCUUUAUUUAAUUAUUUUUUCUCUCUAACUUUCAAUUUAUAACUUGAUCAGAAUUCUUCUUCUUUACCAAAUUAUUCAAAGAAAAAAAAAAAGAUGGGGAGUGGAGAAAGAAGCCAAGAGAGUUUCAAGGAUGUUCCAAAGGGUUGUUUGGCAAUCAAAGUUGGCCAUGAAAGUGAAGAGAAGCAAAGAUUUGUAGUGCCUGUCUUGUAUUUCAAUCAUCCUUUGUUCAUUCAACUCCUUAAGGAAGCUGAGGAUGAAUAUGGAUUUGAUCAAAAGGGAACCAUCACUAUUCCUUGUCAUGUGGAACAAUUUAGGUAUGUUCAAGCCUUGAUCGAUCGAGAAACCUCAUUUCAUCAUAAUCAUCACCAUCUCUACGUCCCUUGUUUUAGGGCUUGAAUAAUCUCAUCUUUCAUCAAAAACAAAACAAAUUUGUGACUGUCACAGUUUGACUAAUCAACUUUUGAUGUCAAACGUUGAACUUUAAUUACUUUUUUCUUAAAUGUUGUGAUCGGUUGCGUUGUUUCAAUUAGUCUUUAUCAUCAGAAUAAUUUCUUCCCUUUUUUAGGGUUUUCUUUGUGUAAGGUCUGAGUAAAUGUAUGGGCAAAAUGUAAAAAGUUGGAAUGAUUUUAGUUUCUUUACUUUUUUUUUUUUCUCUCUUGUAAAUGCAUGUCUAAACAUGUCAUGGAAAAAUGAAGUGUUGGUGUCACUUUUUCCUUC